AUGUCGUCUUCCAAACUCACAGGGGAGGACGCCGAUCUCCGGCUGAUCCUGGUGGGAAAGUCCGGAGGUGGGAAGAGCGCCACGGGCAACACCAUCCUCGGCCGGCCGGUGUUCAAGUCCAUCCUGGAGCCAAAUACCACCACCCUGAAGUGCCAAAGGGGUCAAGGAAGAUGGCAGGACAGGAUGAUCUCUGUGGUCGACACACCCAACAUUUUCGAUUCUAAAAAGCACAAUGAGACUGUGCGACGUGAGAUCGGGGCUUGUGUAGAACUCUCCCGGCCUGGCCCCCAUGCCCUGAUAUUUGUGACCCAGGUGGGACGCUUCACCGCCGAAGAUGUGACAGUUGCAAAGCAUGUCUGGGAUAUCUUUGGAGCCGAGUCGGCCAGGCACACGAUCAUUCUGUUCACCUGCAAGGAGGAUUUGGGAGGGGAAUCCCUGCAGGAGUACGUCCGAACUUCCAAAAACCGCAUUCUGCAGGAGCUGAUCCAGCGGUGCGGGAACCGCUUCUGUGGCUUCAACAACAAGGCCGCGGGAGCCGAGCAGGAGAGGCAGGUCUCGUUGCUGAUGGAGAUGGUGCACAGAGUCGUUUCGGAGAACAGAGGAAGACACUACGUCAUCCCGCUGCAUAAGGUGCUCAGGGUAGGGGAUUGGCGUGUCAUAGAGUAG